AUGAACAGUGUACCAUAUCUACCAGAUAUUUCGUCACGAAUCAAGGAUCUGCCGUUUGAGCGGCGACCGAUUGAGUCGCUUGGUGCGCAGAAGUUAGCAGAAAAAAUUAGAAUAGCAAAUGAAGAGCAGUUCUUAGAGGCUAACGCACAUGUAUACUUGCGAGUACCAUUUAUCCUGAAGUACGCGACUGAAUUAAUUGUUUUCAUGUAUAAUACUUCUUAUUUGAAAGCGAUACCACCCCACCCGUUGUGUACUUUAUUUAGACAGGUAAAUGUGGUUGGAGGGUGUUGGACACAGUCGAUAAAGGAAGGAGAGUGGAGCGGAGUAGUACGUGUUAACGACUGGGAUACACCUCAUAGUUUUACUUACAAGGAUGGAACAAGUGAAGAGUUCGUUACUGAUUUUGUUGUUAAGAUGGUUAACCUUGUGUUCGACACCUUUAUUUUGCGCGGUGUUGCUCGAAUUUUGCAUCGUGGAUGGAUUGUAAAGGGUAGUUUUGGCUGCUUAGGGUGCGCUCUGGGGUAUGGGAGCUCGUGGAUAGUUUUUUUUGUUUGGAUAGCAGGUCGAAACAGCUGGCUUGCUCUUGAUUUUGAUCUCAAUGGAGAACCAUUAGAAAUCCAGGAGUAG